UAUCUUGUGCAGUUCCAACUGCCACAACACCCCAUUCUUUGCCACGAGAAAACAACUGAGAAAGGACUCCUAAACACAGUAGAAAAAGAAGAGAAAAGAGAGAAGAAAGAAAUGGCAACAGUCUUCCUCCCGAAUGCGAAAGCUUUUCUCCCAUCACUUCCAUACGCAUCUGCAUCGACAGUUCAGGCGCAGGCUGUGUGCUGCCGGGCUGCUACGGAGGCCUCCUCCUCCCUUGUCAUCAGCAGGCGAACCAUUUCCCUGUCCACAUUGCUGUUUACUACACUCCGCGGGUAUAGUAAAGGGAAGUUGGAUGAGGCGAACGCCGCAAUUCUGGAGGCCGACGACGAUGAGGAGCUGCUGGAGAAGGUCAAGAAGGACAGGAAGAAGAGGCUUGAGAGACAAGGCGUCAUCAGCUCAUCUGCUAAAGAAACAGCAUACCUGCAAGAUCUUGUUUAUAAGCUCAGCAAAGUAGGCCAAGCAAUAGAGAAGAAUGAUCUUUCUGCAGCAAGUUCAGUUCUUGGCUCCAGCAAGGAUACUGAAUGGGUCCAGAAAGUGAAUUCUGCCUUCAACAAGUUGAGUUCUAGUGAUGAGGAGAAGACGGAGGUCGAUACGUUUAAUUCCUCGCUGGCCUCCUUAAUCUCAUCAGUUUCUAGCAAUGAUAUUGAAGCUUCAAAGGUAGCUUUUGUGGCAUCUGCAACUGCAUUUGAGAAGUGGAGUAGCCUCUCAGGACUGGUGGAACAACUCAAAGGCCUUUGAAGAAGAACAUCCAAAAGGGCAUUUUCCCCUUCAAUUCUUAAUAAUAUUUCAACCCAAACUACUCUUAUCUCAUUCUUUUUCCCCUACCAUUGUUGAGGUUUUGAUUAUUUUGCAAGGAUCAGAAUCAAGUCAGAGGUUUGAGCCCUUGAAGAAAUAUAUAGCUUCUGCUGCUUUCUUUUUUUUUUUUUUAAAUAAUUUUCUGGGUCUGGAGUUGUAAUUAGGUCUCCUAUGAAAUGAUCAAAAUUUAUUGUUUCUCAUUAUUUUCCUGCUGUGAA